UGACAAUUCUCAAUCAGUGUUCUAAAUUUGUACAACAUCGUCAGGUGUAGAAACGUGAAUAUUCGUGCAAAUGAAAGUGUAUCUCACUAUCUUAAACCAGAUAAGCUGUACACUCACUUAUCUCUUAUCAAAGGUGUGAUUCAGUACGCACGUCGCAUUAUACAGUUCACUACAACGAUUAGACCUGUUCUUUUAUUUCUCACCUAUUGACCUUUUUCGGGAGAAAAAUGUGCUCGAGAAAAUUUGUGUGUUAUUUAACUAUAGCUUUACUUCUAAUGGGAAUAUUCCUGGAGGGAGUCGAGGCAAGACGCAAAAUUUUGAGGGGCCGAAAAACAAUAACCAGACGUUAUUACAGAGGUACGGCUAUACCGGCCUGGGCCAUAGUACUUCUAACGGGUAUCGGUAUGCUGCUACUCGGCGGAGGACUUUACGCAUUAUUGCAGAAAUUCGUGGUGGACGCCGCGGACACCGGGGAGGGUAGUAAUUCCUACACACCUGCGUUACAGCUCACGAGUUGAGUCAAUUUUCCACAAAAUCUCUAAUAAUCCUUAUUUAUCGUUAUACUGAAUCACCAAUAUCGUAAAUUAUGUGUAUGUAGAAGUAAAA